GAGCGUGUGGAGGCAUACAAGCUAUAUGAGGAGGGUCAUGAGGCAUACUUAAGGACGGGGCCCCACUAUGACUUCGAGCACUACAAACAGCUGGUGCAUGAGAUAACAAAAGCAUUCUGUGGCAUUUCCAAAGAGGUUCUGGAGAUUAAAGAGCAACUGCACCAAGACUUCGACCGACCCGACCUCUCCAAACACAUUGACAAACUGCAGAUUAAAGAGAAGGAGAAACUAGAGCUGACAGCUAAGCUACAGUUGGCCAAGCAGAAUGCCCAGGAUCACCCAGAAGAUGAGGAUUUCCAAGAGAAAGUUUUGUGAAAUCAA